UUGGCGUUAUUAUUAUCCGCCAUCCACACCCGGAUCGUGAAUGCGUUACUGAUUGGGAGAGUAUCCCCCAGUGUCCGAGGAUAGAAGCCCGUUAGUUAUUGUUUAUCCGAGCGUACUCUACAGCUUAUCCGGUAUAUGUAUCCAUUCUUAAAGAAAGUGUUCCCACCUGAACUUUACUUUCUCUUUCUUGCCCCCUCAAGACCCACGAUCGCGAUCAAAAUUUUAAUGAACUCUGUGUUAAAAAGUGAAUGCCAAGAUCAAUAAUCGUUUGAAAAUGCAAAAAAGGAAUUGUUGCAUUACGAGUACUUGAGGCUCAUCAAAAUAAUCAUUAAAUAAUUGCUUAUUGGAACCAAUUUUACAAAAAAAGCUGCAAGGGCAUAUUAUAAUAUAUGUAAAAAAAAAAUAAUAAUCUGUGAAAGUGUAUUUAAGAACGUUCAUUGACAGCUGUUAGUGCAAACUUUUCCUUCCAAAUGAAAAUUACUGAUAAGCUGCUAAGCAGCUGCCCUGAAUCUCGUUUUGUGAAUUCCAGUCUAACGCCCAACCCUAAUCUUAUAACGCAGUUAGCUGUAGAUACUUUACUUUCGAUAUCAGCGGUCAUUGUUUCUUAUUGCAAGGGGCAGUGUAUCAAUUACCGAAUAUUAACACACACAAACACAAACAUAUCUACUUCAAUUAAUAAUUUCACUCUCUAGCGAUGCUGGGGAACCGUGGCUCACUUUUAGGCGAUUUUUGAAAAGAGUAGAAUUAUUCGAAGAUUUUUAAUCUUUAAUGUAUUAAAUAAUAAAUGAAUAAUCAUUAAUAGAAGUAGUGGAGUUAGUUCUGCCUUUAAAAGAGGUACAAUUAUAUUUCAAAAGCCCUAACAGUAAUGCCAUUUUCUACUAUUGUUUAUUCACCUUGAAAUUAUUUUAAUUAAAGCAUUAGCUCAUCCAUUUUAAUUGUUAUUUUCAUCCCAAACGUGGUUGCUAUUUUUCCAUUGGGGUAACCCGUUUCAGUUGCAGUUCCAGUGCACCUGACCUCGGACAAGACGCGAUCUGGAGGAGCUUCUCAGGUGCAUUCGAGCCCAUGCAAGUUGCCUUCCAACAAGUUCGUCGUCGGGUUGGAGCCUCUGACCUUGAUCCGUGAGGCGAUAAGAUUAUCCACCCACGAACCACCCUUAAUCGGGCGCCGACUUUGACUCCAAAUUUUUGCAAAUUCGCAAAAAAACAGCAGUUAUGUACCCGACGUCGGCCAGUUGAGGGAGCAGUUGAGGUUUACUGACCGAUCGGCGGCGUUCUGGGGAGUUGCUCGCAUAAACAAAAAUCGUUUAAAAACAAAAGCCCGGUCGGGUAUUCACAAUCAUAAACAAUGACUGAUAACGCGUCUACAGGACAGCCGAAUGGACUGGCCGCAAAGCAGCAGGCCCUGGAGUUGCACUUCAGCCAAGCCAACUACAGCUUGAGGGGAUCGGCCAAGGGUUUCAGCCCCAUUCUGAACGAGGCGUGCGGCGUCUUCAAGUCCGGCCGAUUGACGGCCAUUCUGGGUCCUUCGGGGGCGGGAAAGUCCACUCUUCUCAAUGCAUUGGCCGGUUUCAAGCUCAGAGGUGUUUCCGGGCAGUUCCUUUUAAAUGGACAACCCAGGGAUAUGAUGAGUUUUCGCAAGAUGUCCGCCUACAUAGCCCAGGACUUCGUGAUGCUCAAUUUUCUGACCACCGAAGAGACGAUACGUGUUUCCGUAGACCUGAAAAUGCCAAGGAGCACCACUCGUGCCGAAAAACAGAAAACUAUAGAUGACAUCAUAGAGAUCCUUCAACUUCAGUCCUGCCGACAAACCUUGGUGAAGAACUUGUCUGGUGGCGAACACAAGCGCCUAUCGAUCGCCAUUGAGUUGGUGACGAAUCCGCCCAUCAUGUUCUUCGACGAACCCACAAGCGGCCUGGACUGCGUGGCCAGUUACCAGGUGAUCUGCCAUCUCCAGCGGUUGGCCCAUGAUGGCAGGAUUGUGGUCUGCGUGGUCCAUCAGCCCGGGUCGAGACUGUUCCAGUUGUUCGACGAUGUCCUGGUUCUGGCCCACGGAGAGGUCCUUUAUGCCGGAGAGCAGCGCGAAAUGUUGAGUAGCUUUGCGGAGUCCGGUUUCAUUUGCCCACAGUACUAUAACCCUGCGGAUUUUGCUUUGGAAGUCUGCAGCCACUCGACUAGCAUAGAAAGAUGCGAGUCCCUUAUUGCACAAAACAAACUGAGGCACUGCCACCCAAGCAACAUCGUAAAACUCCAGGUGGACGAGGAGACAGCACUCAUCAAGGUCGACCAGGAGACCUCCACCAGUGAUCUGAGCCACCUGCGCAGCAAGGAGCAGGUGGGCUUCUGGUACCAGCUAAGAGUGCUUCUCUGCCGCCAUUUGCGCUCCAUGUACAGGGAUCUGAUGGCCGUCCAGAUGCGACUGAUAAUGCACGUUGUGAUAGCCCUGCUCUUAGGUGUGGUCUAUUGGCAGAUUGGUGCCGAUGCCGAAAAAAUCGUGUCUAAUGUAUCCUGCAUAUUUUUUAUAAUCCUGUUCAUCUUCGCUGGCAACGCAAUGCCCUCCAUUCUACUCUGUAUCCAGGACUCGGCGGUAUUCAUCAGGGAGUACUACAACGGCUGGUACUCCCUGAAAGCCUAUUACAUUUCGAAGGUCCUGGCCGACUUGCCCCUGCAACUGGCCUGUCCCACGCUCUUCAUCAGCAUUGGAUACUUCAUGAGCGGCCAACCAGCCGAGUGGCAACGUUUCGCCAUGUGCUGGGGCAUCUGUGUGAUGACUGCUUUCAUAGCCCACUUCAUCGGUGUGAUCGCGGGGUCCCUCUUUCCCAUGCCUCUUGCCAUAUUCCUUGUGCCUAGUGCCACCAUUCCGUUCCUGCUCUUUUCCGGCUUCUUCAUUCGCCUGAAUGAGCUCUCCUGGUUCCUGCGACCCAUCUGCAAUGUGUCCUUCUUCCGCUAUAUAUUCGAGGGCCUCCUCAGAGCCAUUUACGGAUACGACAGGGGGGACCUGGAGUGCCACGCCCAGUUAGGGUACUGCUACUACAGGACGGCGGAUCAGUUCCUUAAGGACUUUCAGAUGCAGGGCGAUGAGUUCGGUUGGGACCUCGCUGUUCUGGGAAUGUUCAUGGUCUUCCUGCUGAUUUCCUUCUUCAUCACCCUGAAGGCGGUGAUUCGAAGAGCUCUCAGGUGAUGGGUGGACAUUUUGUUAUUGUGGUUUUAGAUUGUUAGGUAAAUCAAUACUAUCUAAAUAUUUGAUGUUUGGGUGAUAAGUUUACAUAAAAUCAUUUUAAUUAAUCAUAAUAUUUUUGAAUUUUCUUACUUUAUUAUUUAAAGCUUAAGCAUAAAAUGGGCUAUUCCCUAACGAUAGGAGUCCCUUUAGUCAUUGGAAAUCUAGAGGAAUAUACAUUAUUUAUUCACGGGAACACAAUCUCUUCUUGAUAAGCCACUUUUGAAACAAUACCACAACAAAUCUCUAGUAUUAAAAGGCCUAUCAGCGUCAGAGUAUGUUAGUUCAGUUUUUAAAUCGAAAAUGUUCGCAUCGCCAAUGAGCUUAACCUGGGCAUUAUUCGUCCUAGUCCUUGCCGCAUCUUCGGCGGAACACUCGGACACUAUCGAAUCCACUUUAGACUCCAUCAUCCAGAGUGUGAAAGAUUUGCGAAAGGAUUUUGAGAUGAACAAAAUGGGAUUCAAGGAGAUCGGUAAGGGAUUCUACUACAUCGAGGAGAACGAAAAGCAGUCGUGGUACACAGCCCUAUCCACUUGUCGUCGCAUGGGAGCUCAUCUGGCGACCUUUAAGUCCGAGGAGGAACUCAGAGCCGUGGAUGCCGAACUCAACAUCCGCAACAAGGGCUAUUGGAUUGACGCCAAUGACUUGGAUAGAGAGGGACAGUUCAUGUCCUGGACAACCGGCAGUCUUUCACCAUAUCUGAAAUGGAAGAGGGGUGAACCCAAUAACUUGUACAACAAGGAGCACUGUGUCGACCUCUGGGAUGGUCUGAUGAAUGAUGACGACUGUAGCGAUAAGCGCUAUUUCAUUUGCCAGACCGGAGAUGGAAUUUAAAAUGUAAAAGUUUUAAUUAAAUAUUUAAUAAAUGUUCAUUAAAAAGAGGGAAA